AUGAACGUCAUCUCGGCUGUCAUUCGAAUUGUCAAAUACAUGAAAAAGCACAGCAAGAAAAGACUUACCGCGGACGCCCAAGGCUUCCUCUCCGAUACGACACUCAACACGCUUCCACCUGGCAAUCUUUAUUCACCGUCAAGGCUGACUCUGAUCACUUUGCCUGAACACGCUGUCUCCGAAUUAAAUCGAGAGAUCAGGCGCCAGAGCGCUUCCGACAGAGAGAAGAUUGCGGAGACCCGGGAGCCGCGGAGAGAUGGCACUUAG